AUGUCACUGGCAGAAUAUCAGCGGUUGAGGGAUCAAUAUCGUGGAGCCAACGACAGAUAUCAGAGACAAACCACAAUCUAUUAUUCGCUUUCGCUGAUGAUGGUUUUCCUGGCGUUCUCGUACGCCUCUGUACCGAUCUACCGUGCCAUCUGUCAGCGGACAGGGUGGGGUGGUACUCCGAUCACAGAUAGUACCCGGUUUACGAGGGACAAAUUGAGCCCUGUUUCCACCGACCGGAAGUUGAGGGUGUCGUUUACUGCCGAGACCAGUGGGGCAUUACCAUGGAAGUUUGUUCCGCAACAGAGAGAGGUGUGGGUUGUUCCAGGAGAGACUGCGUUGGCGUUUUACAGAGCGAAGAACACAGGUGACCGUGACAUCACUGGCAUGGCCACCUACAGUGUCACACCGGAUCACGUCGCUCCAUAUUUUAACAAGAUCCAAUGUUUCUGUUUCGAGGAGCAACGGUUGUCGAAGGGCGAAGAGGUUGACAUGCCGUUGUUCUUCUUCAUUGAUCCUGAGUUUUCUAGAGACCCUGCGAUGAGAAAUAUUGACGAUGUGGUGUUGCACUACACGUUCUUCAGAGCCAAACACGAUCAGCAGCACGAGCAAUUGUUUGGCAACCAGUCGAAGGCUUCAGAAGAAAUUUCGACUACCACCGUACCAGCCAACUCUGCAUCGACGCAGGCUUAG